AGUUUGUCGUCAUUUCCGGUUUUAUUCAACAUGGAGGCGAGCGGAAUGAAGUUGAGUUUCUGGGAGAGCGGACCAAAACCGGGGGAAUUUUACUCCUUCCCAGGUGCCGGUAACAGUACAGUACCUGGAUGUGGACCCAUACGACACACACUGAACCCCAUGGUGACGGGGACAUCAGUGCUUGGAGUGAAAUUUACAGGGGGAGUCAUCAUUGCUGCAGACAUGCUCGGCUCUUAUGGCUCACUGGCCCGUUUCCGCAACAUCUCCCGUCUCAUGAAAGUGAAUGACAACACCAUCCUCGGAGCUUCAGGAGAUUACGCAGACUACCAGUACCUCAAACAAGUCAUUGAACAGAUGGUGAUUGAUGAGGAACUUCUUGGAGAUGGCCACAGCUAUAGUCCCAAAGCCAUGCAUUCGUGGCUUACUCGUGUCAUGUACAACCGUCGCAGCAGAAUGAACCCACUUUGGAACACGGUGGUUAUCGGUGGAUUUUUCAACGGAGAAAGUUUUCUGGGCUAUGUAGACAAGCUUGGUGUAGCAUAUGAAGCUCCAGCGGUAGCCACAGGAUUUGGUGCAUACUUGGCUCAGCCCUUGAUGAGAGAGGUGCUUGAGAACAAAGUAGAAAUUUCCAAGGAUGAGGCACGGUCACUGAUAGAGCGAUGCCUCAAAGUGCUAUACUAUCGGGAUGCUCGUUCUUAUAACAGACACGAGAUCGCUAUUGUGACCGCAGAAGGAGUCGAGAUUAUUGGACCACUUUCAUCAGAAACUAACUGGGAAAUUGCCCAUAUGGUCAGUGGCUUUGAAUGAAGGCUAAUUUUGCUCGUCUGGAUGUCUUUCAUCAGUGGAUUAUUUAAACCACAAGAAAAUGGCAAUAUCAAGACAACACUUAGUAUGUUUUACAUUUGUAUUUGUUACCCAGAAAUAAAAUCAUAAAAAGUGA